UCAAUUGCGUUUUUAUCAUGUGAGCUUUGGUUUUCUUUACAUUGGAUUUACUGUUAUAUUAAGGUGUUUGUCAAGUUCUCACUAUGAAUGGAAUAUUAACAGCAGCAAUAGCCAUUUUAUUCCAUGUACAUGUAUUGGCUUUUGCAUCAAAAGGUAUCUAUUGUAAUAUCGAGAAACAGUCAUGGAGGAAUGCGACGAACGAAUGUGCUUGGCAAAGAGGAUGUCCACUCGCCUACAGAACGGAUCUAGGUCAGAACCUUGAUGCUAUCUUUCCCAGUAAUUUUAAUGCGAAAACGUCCUGGACAGCCGAUUACCUGCAACAGAAAAAUAACGGCGAAUCCGAACAAGUAUGUGGGUUUCGAUAUAUGUCCAACUCAACCGACUUUGGGCAAGUUUUUUACGGAGAUUGUGAUAAAAACAUUUCUUAUAUUUGCUGGAAUGAAAAAACUUCAACAUUGCAACUUUAUACAGGCGAAUAUGAACAUGCUGUUAAAACUUGUCAUCAAGUCAGUAACGGUGUAUUAAAGAAUAUUGCUGAUAUAUUUAGACCAGGAUAUUACUGGGUAAACAGAACAAAAUACUGUGUUAAAAUGAAAAUCUCAGGACAUUAUUCAUUGGCAAGAGGGACAUUUCAAUUGGCAAAUAUCCCGGACACCCCUUUCAGAUGUGGUGCAUAUUCAAAGGAUAUUGGUCUAUACUUCAGGAAUUGUACUGACGAGAUAUCUUCACUGUGUUAUUUUGUCAAUGCUCCAUCUGGUCCCGUUUACACGUCUUGUGUUAAAGAAAUGAAUCACUCAACUGUAACAACUAGAAACAUCCCAGUUGUAUUUACGUCUACUCUUGCUAAGAAAACAUCUACAGCUAUUCCAGUAACUAACAUAGCAGCCGAUAUCCAAACACACUCUCCGGGCAUGACCACGGUGACAACUUUCUAUAUACAUGCAUCUUCAAAGAAUGGUUCUUAUUAUCAAGGGCCAACUGAUAAAGAGUCAGAUUUUGGCGUACAGAUUGGAGUACCUGUCGGCAUUUGUCUAGCAUUGAUUUGUGGGGUGGUACUUGGUUUAUUUAUGUAUAGAAGGUAUAAAAUCAGGAAGGAUGGGAACAACACAGAUAGUACCGACUUUAAUCACAACGAGGAUUCUAAACCAUCCUCCAGACGGGUAAAUGCGCACUUGAACGCUUGCUACGAACCGAAUGAUCGUAUUCACUCUCAAGCGUCUAAAGACGUCGAAACAGAACAUGAAUGUGAAUGUGAUAGUGCGAGUAAAAAGACAAAUUUUAACUAUGCUGUUGUUCACAAAAAUAAUUCCAAGAUGAAGUCACCAGUUAAUUCUAAAGCAAUGGAUUGUUCUGCAAGCUCAAAUGCAAGCGAAUACAGCUUUGCAAAAGAAGUUGAAAACUAUGAUGAUAAUAAGACAGAAAAGUUCUACGCAGAGGAAAGCCUCUAUGAUGUUACAAGUACUUCAACUAGGGGAGAUAAAUUUACCAACGUCUACAAUAAAUUGCAAAGUGAAGAGUAUGAUUCAACAGCUAACGUUACAACAAAGAGUAGUGCAAAUGUCUACAAAAUACCCCAGAAAUUGCCAUCGGACAACGUCUAUGACACCACACGACAGACAAAUCAGUUAAGGCCACCUGAUGAUAUCUAUAAUCAUGUGUUAGGAGCAGCCUCUAAUGAUGACCUAGAUGAAUAUGACUCAACGCUUAAUGCCGGUGAAGGUUUUACAUUAACGCUUCCUGAUAACACGUACGAUAAAAUUCAGUAGACAAAACAGCGAUGCUAUGAUUAUGUCUGAUACAAAAGGCAUUAGUUAUGGAGAGAGGAGGCGGCUUCAAGCAAACUUUAAAUGAUCUGAUAUCAAAUACAUCCGAAGCACCAUAUAACUGCAAAGACAUAGCAAGAUAUCAAAAUGCUAUAACUGAAGGAGACAUACUGCAAAGUAAUCCAACAUUAAUUCGUAAAAAAAAAAACCCUUGGUUUUUAGGUUGGUGCGCAUGUGUAACCAUUUUAACUAUGUUAUUUUAAUUCUGCAUUUCUUUGAUCCUCAAACUGAGAAGAGUUUUAACUAAUAUAGCAUGUAGCCAUUGUGUGGAAUGAAAAUAAAACGAUAAUAUAAUUCCAUUGAAUAUAAUGUUUCAGACAAUUGGAAAACAAAACUCAACACUUGUAAGUAUGAAAAAGAAAAAAAUAAUUGGGAGUUACAAAAAAUGAUUAAAAAUAGUUUAUCUUUUGUAUUAUUACAAGCACUUUCCUUCGUUCAUUUAAGAAAUAAACAAAUGUCGAGAGGGUACAAGUCUGCCCCGCAGUGAAUAUCAGUAUCGCAAACAUUCUUGACUCAUGUGAAAACACAGGGUUUAACAGAAUAUAAUUUCCUUUUUUAGUAUUUAAUCGACAAAUCGUAUUUGAAAAAUAUUUGAACAUUUCUGUCAUGUAUUCUCUUCUACUGGUUAAUUCACGUAUUUAUGAAUUUUUGACCUUCAGCCGUGUCUGAAAUAGUGUUUUGUCACACUGUUAAACCUAAACAUUCAAAUUCCAGAUAUUAUUUCUAAACGGACAUUCAUAAAAAAUGACCAUAAUAUAAAUGUUACAGGUAAUAUGUUUAACCGUAAGAACGGUAUUUUGAAGUCAUUUAACUUCCUAUAUAUCACAGCAGAUAAGUAAAUGUUUUAUGUAGGCCAUCUCUUAUCAGAAAACGGAUAUAUUUAAGAAAUUAUAAUACCCUUCAUAUGACUAAAAUUUACCAUCAUUCAGAUAUUUCUAACUUCCUUCUGUACUAUAUCGUGUUUUUCAAAUAAAGAUAGUUUUUAUUUAAUAUCAUGACGAAAGAAAUUAAACUUUCUUGUUAUGACUUUAAUUGCAACGUCGCUAGGUACCACAUUUACAAGUAUGCUGUGAUAAUAUCUAAUUUAUUUUGAUUUCAUUUUGGUCCUUAAUGCUGUGUAAAUAUUGGUAAUACAUGACUUUUUAUUCCUAGGUGUUGAAUUGUAUAAAUUUGAAUACAAUGACGUGUAUAUAAUUAUGCAUAACUUUAAAACUAAAGUAACCUUUCAAAACUUUAUGAUAUGAUUUUCAUUAUUCUUAAUAUUAUAAAUUACUACUUUACAUUUUUUCGAGUUACAAUGCCGUAGAAAAGUUGCUUAGCUAAGGGAAAACUAUAAAACACAACACUUUAUGUAUAAUAUAAAUAUUAAGAAACAUAGUUCUCGAAAUCAACUUGUUUGUAAAAAACAAACUUUAAGGAAACAGCUGAACAGCUAGGCUAGUAGGAAACCACUUCAUUAUAUUUUUAUGAGAAUAGAUAAUAUACAGUUCCUAUUUAUCAGAUACUGUAACCAUUAGAUCACACGCAACUCCCAAGUCUUACAUACUCAAGCGAAAUUUGGAGUUACGAAAAUACUUCAUUAAUUUAAACAAGUUCAACGUGAAUUUCUGCAAUACGUUUUAAAAGAACUUGGUAGAUAUCCUACUGUAACUGCAAAAACAACAAGAAUGACAGUUAUUUGGAAUAGAACUUACAUUAUUUUCAAAUGGUAAUCGUCUGAUAAUUACCUUUAUUCAUAUCAUACUGUUGAAAGUUCAAAAAAAGAAUAUACCCUCAUUUUGCAGUCUGGAAACAGUUAUAGUAUGCGCAAAAACUUACUUUAAACAUUCUAUAAGAUGACAAAAAAAUCAUAAUGAUAUUUAAAUAUGCAUGUUAUGUGAAAUUGCUAAUUAUUUUCAAUUUCAAAGCAUAUUAAGGGAGGUAAAACAUGAUUUAUUUCCCUCAGAAAAAGAUGUUGUUUUCAAUAAGAAUAUACCAUCUCAAAAUUCUAACACUGCAGUUGAGGGUGCCGGUGCCGAUAGAAAAUUUUGUCAAGGAGGGUUCCCAUGCCGGAUGCAGAGAGUCAAGACGGAUCCUGUAAGGCAAAUUUCGGCAUGGUAACAUCCGGCGCGGCGACGUUUGGCGUAGCCCCAUAACGACGUUUGUCAUUGUGUCGCUGCGACAGAACGAAAUAACGAAAUCGCACAAAUCAGGCAUCAUAACGAUCAGCUAAAUAUUUUUAUGUUUUAACAAUUACUUUAAUUUUUAUCUUUUGAAGAACGGGUUUCUAUUUACAGAAAAAUAACACUGUAUUUUUGUAAUGAGCCGAUGGAAGGCCGGUGUGGCAUACUUAUUUCCAGAUGCUAAAAUGUCGUGCGCUCGAGAUGAGAUGUCGUGCGCUCGAGAUAACAUGUCGUGUGCUCGAGAUAACAUGUCGUGCGCACGAGAUAAAUGUCGUGUGCUCGAGAUAUCAUGUCGUGCACACGAGAAAAAAAUGUCGACUGUACAGGAUAAGCUGUCGUGCGCUUAAGAUAAGAUCUUAAAAAGAAAUAAAUGCAUGUACUAAACAUACCACCAUAUAUUUGUUUUCGUUCCUUCUGAUUUUUUAACAUUAUGUUAAAAUAUAUAUACUUGUAAAACAUAAUACUUAAAACCUGUAGAUUUACGUUAGACGCGCAACUCGAUCAAUCGGACACAUUUAAGCAGACGCUUUCUUUUUAUGUAUAGAGAUAUCAAAUACGAUAUCGAAACUUCUCCAUCAAAACAUAGGCAGUUGACAUGUAAAGUUUCAUCCUUAGUCAUGGUCAGACUUGUCUUAAGUUUGAACCUAGUCCAAGUAGCAUUUUACCCAUUUAUUACGGUCGCUUACGCAUAACCUGCACGUUUAAAAACGCGUCAGCGAGCCGACACUUUUGCUCAGUGGUUAGAGCAUUGGACUAGCACCCGAGCGACCCGUGUUCUAAUCCCGCCACAGGCAGUUGGGAUGUUUCGUCAUAAAACGCCAUGCUCUUUAAAUGUCGUAGGACCAGUUUUCUACUAAGUAAUAUCAUCAGUUCAAAUCAGUUUAGUGAAACAGUCGCUUAUUCAAUAAAAGUAUUUCUUACAAGAAAAAAGCAACAUUUUCUAACAUGCGUUGAUGAAAUGAUAUCAAUGUCCACAAAAACGUAUAAAGAAUGAAAUUGAUUUUGAUGUAUUUACGACUGUGAAACCGGUAACGUUCAGUUAAUUGAACUUGGUGAUUAAAAAAUUAAAACGAUUCCUGUAUACCAAAUAAGUAGUGAAGUCUAGAUAUUUUGAUAUAUGCUUAGAAACUGCGGAAAUAAUGGACUUACCUUUCAGUCGUAAUGACCGUUGCACAGAUAUUUACCACCGUCAAACCGGCCAAGCUCAGCAUUCCUAAUGUUACAUAGUGCAACCUCUGAGGAUUAGUGAAUAAUAGAUUCUACUAAGCGCAUGAUUUUGAUUUUAUAGCAACUGAAGAAGACCGUCGGGUCAUAAAACCGUUCGCUUCAGGAUUAUUUUAAUCCUUUAAGCGUAUUAAAAUAAAAUAAAACAUCCAUCUGCCUGGCUCAUUUGAUGGCUUGACCAUUUCAAUGUUCUGAGCAAAGGACAAUGAAACAUUAGUCUUAGAUUGUGAUAUUACUACAAUAAUAAAACCUGUAAAAAGAUCCUUUGGAAGCAUAGAAUGCAACUAAAGACUCGGUUUGAUUGAGUCUGUUCAUGAGCGGUAAUAAAAUGUGCAACACCUCUCACGCCCCUUAGCAGCGGCUUAAGCGGAACUCUAUUACACAUCCAUUGAAUGGACUCCAUGAUCCCAACGGACCAGAAAAUAUAACAACACUGAAUCCAAUACGGGGAGACUUUUUACAGCCGCCACACGUACUUAAAGAUUGCUGUUGUGAUAGUUAAUAAAAUCUGUAAAAAGAUAAACCUUAAAUCAUAAGCACGAUAAAGGAUCUAUGAAGAAGAGCGUUGGUAUUACGUUUAUUUUAUUUUAUUUAAAAUGUCAUUAACACGUGAGCGGUAUGCAAAAAUACAGGGAUGUCAAUCCUAUUGUUCUUUGACAAUUCAUUGUUCUGUAGAUGUUGUACGAAUAUACACAAUCAAAUCGAUGCAGCUGUGACAUCUUUGUUGCAUUCAGAUGUUGUUUAUUUUUUUAAAAAUGAUUUUACAUUCUACAGAAAGGUUUUAUCCUGAUCAGGUACAGAACAUUGCCAGCAAUCAACUGGAUAUACUGUAUGCCAUUUGUUUCAUGUAAUAAACUACGUAAAAUGGUAUAAAUCUUGAAUUUUAUCAAAACAUCAAAAUAUCCCUCUCUUAUAUUAACUCGAUAAAGGUGUGAUAGAAAAUCAUUUUGGUAAAGAUUGUAUUUUUUUUCAUACACAUGAUUAUUUUCAGUCUUACCCCAAGUACUGUAAACUCUAGCUUUAUUUUAAAAACAGUGAAUAUUCAAUUAUAUUGUGUAUGUAAAAAGGUUUAUUGGUGGUUUAUGUGUGAUACGUGUCUUAUUACCGUAACUAUGUAGUAAUUUAUUAUGUUCACAGCGUUUGAACGUAUCGUCACCUUUGUCCAAAAUGAGAUAACGGGAAACUUUACAGGAGAGAAAAACACUUCCUUCUCUAUAAUCAUAAUCUGUUACGAAAGAAGCAUUGAGAUAUCAUAAACAUUUAUUGUAGCCAACGAUUGUUGUUGAGCAUAAACAGUAUAAACAUUUUAAUUUUCAUUUUUGCAUUAGACGUUUGUGUGCGAAAACAGCACAACUGUUCUGCUGAAAUAUUUUAACACUUAUCCAUACAACAUUCACGUAUUUUGAUGUUAUUCAGUCUAUAUCAAAUAAAG